AUGCCUCCAAAGGCAGACAAAGCUCCUGCUUUUCAGAAGCAGAAGCUUCGGCCGUACACUCAGCCACCGCCCAAGAAGAGGCCCGAGACCCCUUUCGCCGUCAAGCCAAUUGGCGCAUUCUACCUCUUCUUCAUUGCGAAUCUGAUUGCUGCUUUGUAUGCUCCGAUACAAGACUGCGACGAGACGUUCAAUUACUGGGAGCCGACGCAUUUCAUCAGUCAUGCCUAUGGUCUGCAGACGUGGGAAUACUCACCCGAGUAUGCCAUCAGAAGUUGGCUCUACGUUGCUCUACACGCAUUGGUGGGAAGUUUUAGAAGACUACUCCCAUUUUCUACCAAGCUUGGAGAAUUCUAUUUCAUCCGAUAUGUUCUAGCUUUCGUCUGCGCCAUCUGCCAGACCCUGAUGUUCCGGGUGGUCAACAACACCUUGAAUCCUCGAGUCGCACUUUUCUUCUUCUUCGCUAUGAUAUUCAGUCCUGGCAUGUUUCAUGCUUCGGCAUCAUACCUCCCUUCGAGCUUCGCAAUGUACUGCACAAUGUUGGGAAUGUCGGCCUUCAUGAAUUGGAAGGGAGGACUGAAGACUUCAUGGGGCAUCUUCUAUUUUGCUGUUGGGGGAAUACUCGGCUGGCCUUUUGCUAUGGCGCUAUCUCUGCCAUUCUUGAUCGAAGAGGUCAUUCUGGCAAGUUUAAGCAGUAAAGAAGCAUUCAUUGAUACCAUCAUAAGGACUGGGAGAGGGGUUAUAGCAGGACUUCUUGUUCUGUUGUUCGAAUUCAUCAUCACUGGCUUCUUCUACAAGAAAGUUGUCGUGGUUCCUCUGAACAUUGUCCUCUACAACAUUUUCAGUGGUCCUGGUCGUGGCCCAGAAAUUUACGGCACUGAACCUUGGCAUUUUUAUAUUCGCAAUCUUCUGCUAAACUUCAACAUCUGGUUUAUAUUAGCAGUUCUAGCUAUGCCAUUGUUCGCUUUACAGAAAGUGUUCACUCGAAGCCAGCAGACCAGUACCAUCAACGGCCUCCGGAGCAUCGUAUUCAUGAGCCCAUUCUACCUAUGGCUUGCCAUCUUCAGCUUUCAACCUCAUAAAGAGGAGCGGUUCAUGUACCCCAUGUACCCUUGCUUGGCGCUCAAUGCAGCUAUGGCGCUUCAUAUCAUAUUAGCAGCUUUCGGCAACUCAAGCCCUAAGUCAUUCAUCGGAAUGCUACCCGCAAGACUAAAGCUUCUCAUCAUCAGUAUGUUCCUCAUCGGAUCUGUCGACAUUGGUGCGGCAAGAAUCUAUGGCAUCUACAAAGCAUAUGCAGCGCCUCUGAAGAUCUAUCAACCUCUGGAGAAAGUCGGAGGCCAUGGAGACUCUGUCUGCUUCGGCAAAGAGUGGUAUCGCUUCCCAAGCUCGUACCACUUGCCAAGGGGGAUGCGCGCCAAGUUUGUUAAGAGCGAUUUCAGUGGUCUUCUCCCUGGAGAAUUUUCUGAGGCCAAGUUGGGGUUCUGGGCUGGAGCUUGGCUCAUGCCAUCUGGCAUGAACGAUCAAAAUCUCGAAGACAUGGGCAAAUAUGUCGACUUGAGAACUUGUGAUUUCCUUGUCGAUACCUACUACCCAGGCUCAAGCCCAUCUCAGAAUGAGCCUCACUACAUUCUUGACGUCGAUCACUGGGAACCAGUUGCCUGUCAAGAUUUCCUCGACGCAUCAAGAACACAUAUCUUGAGCCGAACCAUUUGGCUACCAGAUUGGCCCAUCAUUCCAGAGAAGUAUAGGAGAAAAUGGGGAGAUCAUUGUUUGCUGAAGAGGAAAGGGAAAAAAUGA